UAUUUCCUUGUGGAAACCGGGGUUGCGGUGCAUGUUGGGAUCCUGGGGGAUUUCUGGCUGGUUUUUCUUCCUGUCUGAGGGGCUCUGGGCUGAGAGGUCGCUGCUCCUGCUCCUCCUGCAGAAAUGGACGUCUUUCUAAUGAUCCGACAUAACAAGACAACCAUCUUCACAGACGCCAAGGAGUCCAGUACAGUGUAUGAGCUGAAAAGAAUUGUUGAGGGGAUUCUUAAGAGACCCCCAGAAGAACAGAGGUUGUAUAAGGAGGACCAGCUAUUGGAUGACAGCAAAACUCUCGGAGAUUGCGGCUUCACCAGUCAGACAGCGCGACCCCAGGCCCCCGCGACAGUUGGCUUGGCCUUCAGAGCCAGUGAAGAUGCCUUUGAGCCCCUCCGCAUCGAUCCCUUCUCCAGCCCCCCAGAGCUCCCAGAUGUGAUGAAGCCCCAGGACUCCAGCAGCAGUGCAAAUGAGCAGGCAGUGCAGUGAGGCCCCGAGGGCAGCAGAGUGAGCAGCACAACCUGCGGCGGCCCUCUCCUCCUCCUUCCCCCCCCAUGCACCCUUCUUCUAUCCUCCAGUGCGGAGAAAGACAUGGCACUAUUCCUUGCCACCAAUCCAGCUUCCCAUUCUCCUCCUCCCCUCUCUAAGCAAGACUCCAUACACACCCAAGCCCCUCCCCACUCAUCACACGGAGCUCUGUUUUCACUUUGGUUUUGAAAACAAUAAAGGUUCAGCUGUUUUUUUCCCCCUUU